AUGCCGGAGACAUGGCGUCGGGUUCUUGCUUCCCUCACGGAAGAGCUGGAGCAAAUGUCGGACACGCUUCGAGACAUGAAGCGGGAGAAUGACUGGCUGCGGGACCUGUGUGCCUUGCAGGGUACAGGCAGUGCUACGGGGCCUGUGCAGCCAGCACCUCCAUCGACUGUGGCGCCACCAUCGCCGCCGUCUAUCGAGGCCAGGAAAGAGCCUAUGUCUGCUUUGGCGAGUCGUUCAAGUUCGACAGGCGCGGGAGAUGACACGGUCUCAACUUCAGCGAGUCGUCCAUCGAAAAGCGCAGAGGAAAGUGACAGGGUGGAGGAGCUUCAUCCGAACUACAUCUCUGAGGAGUCAUCCGAUCCAGCAGUGCCCGUCUUUGAGAAAUUGGUGCGUCGAGUACCGUCCGAGAAGAUAACGGGAUCCCAGUCCCGGUUCACCGAAGUGGUCGGCUUGAGCAAGAAGCUUGCUAAUCCACGCAUUGACUUCAUGAUCCUGCGGGCUCAGAAGACAAAGCAGUUUAAGAUCGAAAAGCCUUGGUAUAUUAUCAAUCCAGACAACAGCUCCUGGUUCACGGUGUGGCAGGGCCUCAUGUGCCUGGCACUGACAUUUGUGGCUCUGAUCACACCGGUACAAGUCGGCCUCAUCGAGGAGUUCAGAUUCGAUGCGCUUGCCAUGGCAAGUUUAUGCGCGGACGGCAUUUUUCUCGUGGAUCUGUUUAUGCAGUUUUGCACGACAUACUCGAAGAAAACGGUGUGCGGGACGAUCUGGGAAACGAGGGUUUCCGCAAUCUCACAGCGGUACUUGAAGUCUUGGUUCGUCCUGGACGUCACGUCCCUGAUUCCCUUUGACUUGAUCGGCCUAACGAUUGGUGGAAGCAGUGGCAGUGACUUUGGAGGACUCAAAAGUAUCAAGGUGCUCCGAGUUCUAAGACUUCUGAAGCUGGCGAGGUUGCUCAAGACGUCGAAGCUCAUGCAUCGGCUGGAAAUACCAGUGGCCAUACCAUACCAACAUCUAGCAUUGAUCAGGUUCAUGUUCGUGCUCAUGAUGGCCUGCCAUUGGCUGGCCUGUUUAUGGGCUAUGACGUUGCAACUUGUCGAUGCUGAGUUCCCGCGAUGGAUUAACGACAUCGAAGCAUCCGAUCUGGAGUUUGGAAUCGAGUCCUCGAGAUCGCCUCUCCGAAUCUACAUUGCCGCAUUCUACUUCUGCUCCUACACGAUGACCUCUGUCGGCUACGGGGACAUUGGCCCGAAGAACAUCCUGGAGCGCUUGGUCUGCUGCGGGAUCGUCCUGAGCGCUGGCCUGUGCUGGGCGUAUGUCCUUGGUGAGGUGUGUGGUAUCGUGGCAGACAUGACCAGCGAGAGCCAAGACUUCCGCAAGAGGAUGUGUCAGCUGAACUGUAUGAUGAAGGAGCAGGGGCUACCAGGCGAACUCAAAGCUCGGUUGAGAAGCUUCUUUCUGCAAAACCGGCACCAAAGUCAAUUCCUCACGCAGCAGACUCUUCUUCAGGACAUGAGCCCGCAGCUGCAAUCGGAGGUCUCCACAGUGCUGAACUGGACUUGGAUCCAGAAGGUGACCUUCUUCUCUCAGUUUCUGAAAUUCCUGGAGCUGCAGGAGAUGAGAGGUGUCCAUGUGGCUCCUUACAUGGCCUGCAUCGCCGAUAUUGCGAAAGCAUUGAAGGCUUCAGCCUUCGCACAGCGGGAAUCCUUCGACAACGUCCAGGUCCUCUACAUCCUGUCCAAGGGUCUGGUAGCUCUUGACAGCCGUGUUGCCUACAAUGGGGCAGUUUGGGGAGAAGAUUUCGUCCUCUCGGAUACCAGCCUUAUCCGCCCAGUCGCAGGUUAUGCCCUUACCUACAUCGAGGUGUUGUACCUCACCAGAGAUGCCCUCAUGGAGGUGAUCGCAAGGCGGAAGGCAAGCUGUCCACAGCUCGGCCGCAUCGUUCGACAGUACUGUGUGAGGGUCGCCGUUUUCCGAGGGAUCCUGGCAGAAGCCAAGCGACGAUCGAAGCUUUCGGCUGGCGAGUCACCGAACCCUGUCGGCGGCAGUGGCCCUCCGCAGAAGCACUUUUUGGGCCCAGCACCGAAGGCUUUUAUGGAGCAGUCUCGGCCACGUACCUCCGCGCCGUUGGCGCAGGAGCGAUCUCCCCGAUCCUUCGGUUUCGGUUCCAGACCCGUCCAACAGGAUGUUGUUGCGCCUGGCCCACCUCCGCGGGUGCGGUCGCCAUGGCCGAAGCCUCCUUUGUGGGAGGUGUGUGAGGCUUUGGGGCUUUGCUCCAAUGGGGUCGAGGUCCCGGAAGCCGUUUGGUCGACUUUUUGCCAGCUUGGCGGUGUCAGAUCUGCUGCUGCUACUGCUUGUCGGUGA